AUGGCCGGGGCCCCGCUGCUGGAGGCGCUGGGUCGCCUGUGGCAGGUGCAGGCCCAGCUCGGCAGCGGUGCCUCCGCCUCCGUCUUCCGCGUGAGCUGCUGCGGGGACUCGCGCGCUCUGCUCGGCGCCGUCAAGGAGUUCGUGCCCCCGGCGCGGCCCGGGCCUGCCGCCCGCAGCGCCCCGGAGUACGGCUUCGGCAAGGAGCGCGCCGCGCUGGUUCAGCUGCGGGGCCACCGCAACAUCGUGACACUGUACGGCGUGUUCACCAACCACUUCUCUGCAAAUGGCCCUUCUCGCUGCCUCCUGCUGGAGCUGCUGGACAUCAGCGUGUCAGAGCUGCUUCUCUACUCCAGCCAUCAGGGUUGCUCCAUGUGGAUGAUCCAGCACUGUGCCCGUGAUGUGUUAGAGGCCCUGUCUUUCCUUCACCACAAAGGCUAUGUGCAUGCAGACCUCAAGCCACGCAACAUCCUGUGGAGCGCAGAGGAAGAGUGCUUUAAACUCAUUGACUUUGGGCUUAGCUUCAAAGAGGGGUAUCAGGAUGUGAAAUACAUUCAGACAGACGGGUAUCGGGCUCCAGAGGCAGAGCUGCAGAACUGCCUUGCUCAGGCGGGGCUCCAGAGUGAAACGGAAUGUACCUCUGCUGUAGAUCUGUGGAGUCUAGGAAUCGUUUUACUGGAAAUGUUCUCAGGAAUGAAACUGAAACAUACUGUCCAAUCUCAGGAAUGGAAGACAAACAGUUCUGCCAUCAUUGAUCACAUUUUUGCCAGUGAAGGUGUGGUAAAUUCAGCCAUCCCAGCCUAUCACCUCAGAGACCUUAUCAAGAGCAUGCUUCAUGAUGACCAAGCGAAAAGAGCCACUGCUGCAAAGGCCCUGUGCAGCCCCUUCUUCAGCAUUCCCUUCGCUCCCCAUAUUGAAGAUCUGAUGAUGCUUCCAACUCCAGUGCUAAGGCUGCUCAAUGUCUUGAGUGAUGCUUCUCUUCAGAGUGAAGAAGAAUAUGAAGAUGUGCUGGAAGACAUAAGAGAGGAGUGUCAGAAAUACGGCCCGGUUGUUUCCAUGCUUGUUCCAAAGGAGAAUCCUGGCAAAGGCCAAGUCUUCGUUGAAUAUGCAAAUGCUGGUGAUUCCAAAGCUGCCCAGAAAUUGCUCACUGGAAGGAUGUUUGAUGGCAAGUUUGUUGUGGCUACGUUUUACCCCCUGAGUGCCUAUAAGAGAGGGUAUCUGUACCAAACAUUGCUCUAGCAGCAGCAGCCAUCAGGAGAGUCGGCAGCGUCUCUUCCUCAUUUCAGUGUGUUCUGCAGUUUGAAUGUACAAAGAGCUUCCUAGCCCUGCUUUUGAGUAGUUUUGAAAGGAGAUCUGCACAGUACAGAACUGGGCUUUUGCCCUCUAGUGCUGCUUUGUCCUGUACAAAGGUAGCCCAUGCGGCUUUAAAAUGAUCUGUGUUCUGCUUGUUUGGUUACAUUAGAGACGUGGCUCUUGCCUACCCUGGAAGGCUCUCGAGUGACUGGAGUAAGUAGUGGCAUUGCCAUCACAGGAGACUCGAUAUCUAAGCAAUUGAGGUUAAGUCUGGUUCAGACUGUUAAAAAUGUCGCUUCAGUGUCUUGACAUUAAUGAUUGACUAAUGUUUGGGGAAAGGAUCUCUCUGUUAAAUAUUCAUCGCGGAGUGAGAACCCCC